UGCGGCGCUGCUUCCUGGCAUCGGGGCGCCAUGGCGCUGCCCUGGCUGCAUCGCAUCGAGCUUGUGCUCUUCGCUGCAGCCUUCCUUUGCGGGGCCGUGGUGGCCGCAGCACUGACCCGGACCCAGGGUUCCUUCAGUGGCAGGUGCCCCCUGUAUGGUGUGGCCACCCUGAAUAAGUCCUCCCUGGCCUUAUCCCGUCCCUCUGCCCCAUCGCUCUGUUACUUUGUAGCUGGAAGUUCUGGCUUCCUGGCCCUCUACUGCCUCCUGCUCUUGCUCUUCUGGGUCUACAGCAGCUGCAUCGAGGACUCCCACAGAGAUCCUAUUGGGCUUUGCAUUCCACUGGCCAUCUCAACUGUAGCUGUCUUCCUGGUCUUAGUGUCUGCCUGUAUCCUUCGAUUUGGCACCAGUUCUCUCUGCAACUCCAUCGUCUCCCUCAACACUACCAUUAGCUGCUCUGGAGCCCAGAAAAUUCCAUGGACACCUCCUGGAACCGCUCUGCAGUUCUACUCCAACCUACACAAUGCUGAAACCUCUUCUUGGGUGAAUCUGAUAUUGUGGUGUGUGGUCUUGGUGCUCCAGGUCUUGCAGUGGAAAUCUGAAGCUAUCCCAUACCGGCCUCUGGAUAGGGGUGACCCUGAGUGGAGCUCUGAGACAGAUGCUCUCGUUGGGCCACGCCUUUCUGGUUCCUGAAGAGUAACCAGUGUGCUUCCUGCAGCCAAAGACUCUGUGCCCAAGUUCCUGCAGUCCUCUUUGCCCUGCACAGCCCUGUUAUGUGGGGAGCCUCAGUUUUCCCUCCACGAGGGAAACGUGAUGACAGGCCCCCCUCUACCUCCCUUUCUACAGCUGUUUUUCUACCAAAAUAUCAUACUGCUUUCUUCAUCUU